UCGUCAACCGGAUGGGCCCGUGUCGUCCCAACACGACCCGUCCCUCUCCUUCCCCCACUCCCCUCCUCACCGGCCGGCACACACCCCCUGAUCCCUUCCAACCACCCAGACAUAGACGAGCGGCGGCCGGAGCAGGCUACCUAGCUAGUGGACAUGACGCGGCGGGGGCGGGUGGAGCUGCGGCGGAUCGAGGACCGGACGAGCCGCCAGGUGCGCUUCUCCAAGCGCCGCUCGGGGCUCUUCAAGAAGGCCUUCGAGCUCUCCCUCCUCUGCGACGCCGAGGUCGCGCUGCUCGUCUUCUCCCCCGCCGGCAAGCUCUACGAGUACGCCUCCACCAGGUGCAUGCUCCCCCACUCGCUUUUGUUUGUCCGCUCCAAUUACUUACUCCUCUGCUAGCACUAGAAUUCACCCAAUAGUUUGCUAGGAAUAGGAUCGCUCGAUUUGCUCCGAUACCCCCUUAGCGUAGCUUCUCUUCUCGUAAUGGUGAACGGCGGCUGCUCUCCUCUCUGUGCGCGCACCCCAUGUGUUCGAGACAAUCUCCCACAGGCAUACCACCCUGCUCUCUUCCCGUAAUGGUGAAGCAAGUAGCAGUCUAGGAUCUUGGAUUCUACUGUAACUCUGUAUAGCGCCAAUACAUGAGCAUAAGCUCUGUUUUCUAAUUUUUAGAUUGGCGUUUUGCUUCCAGAAGAAAGGGUGGUGCUCCGGGGAAGCUUCUCUAAUAUCCCGUGAACAGCCUCUUUCUGUUGCAGUAUUGCGCGUAGCAUGGGAAACAACUAGGACACU